UUAUGCUUUCCUCCGACACGAUGGCUCGGCUUGUUGUCUUCCUGCAGUUAGCCUUAUUGGGCGCAUUUGUCGCAGCCCAAGACCCGGCUUUGCCGCGUCUGAUCGACCGAUUCCAAGUCAAGCAUCCCGCCUUCGUUCAGCUUUACGCGACUGAAGCGAAUGUCGAUCCCCUCGACAAAUACACCCUUUUCGUUUCUACCUUUGACGCCAUCGCCAUUCCGUCCGCGUACGACGAAGUCUACAUGCUUCGUUCGCCCGGAAGACAACUCAACAAUGUGGCCAACUGGAAUCUGACGCUGAUUGACAAAGCAAACAUCUGGCCCAACGACCCCAAUUACAUGCCGAGCGAUGUUGUUGGACGUGAAGGUGUGAUCUGGACUUCUGGUUUCUUGGUUCCUGGCAAGCAAAGGGGAGCUCUUAAUGUUUACCUGACUGACGUCGAUCCAGCUGAAGGACCGUGGAAUAUUGCAGGUCUUGAGCCUGAUACAUUCUCGUAUCACCGCGUUAUUUGGUACGACGUCAACCACGACGGAUUCAAAGACGCCCUGACCGCCAGAUUCUCCCUGCGCACUUUUGGUAGUGACGUCCUGCAGCUGCUGUGGCUCGAGAACCCCGGCACUGGAGAACCUUCCGCCAACUGGACGCAACGAAUCAUUUUCGAAGGUGGACCCGACGUCCACUUCCGAAUCACAACCAUGCAAGCGAACGGCCAAGACUUCACAGUGCUGGUUGCCUCAGAGUUUUUCACAGAGAAACUCUCAAUUUACUACGCCGCCGACGGCAGCGACAGUUUCCUCAGCGACCCUUCCACGCUGAUCCAAAGGGUGAUUGACAACGUCAACAUCGGCCAGACUUUCGAUCUGGAUGUUGGUGACCUGAACAACGACGGCCGACGCGAGCUGAUUGUUUGCGGCUACAACUACUCUUUCGGAGGAAACGUUUUCGUCUUCCCCAUUCCCGACGACUUCAGGACCGACGAGUGGCAAAGAAUCACCAUUGCCAGUGGUUUCAUGCCGGCCCCAGGUCCCAAUCUUAUGUCGCCAGGUGCCCCUCAACCCUUCUACAGAGGAGUCGAUCACCAACUGUCUGGUGAUAAGCCUUACCUUUUUGUCUCUGGAGAUGACGAUGGCAGGCACUACAUUUUGGAGCCUGUCUCUCAAGACCCCGCCGUUUGGGACUACACCAAGCACCUGCUCAUUGACACCAAUGGAACCACGACAGGCAAAUACUCGAUCCACGACAUUGACAACGACGGCUUUAAUGAGAUCGUCGCCGCUGCCUACUCUGCGGGAGAAGUCUACGUUUUUACUUACGGGCCGUAGAAAGCUGCCAAUCACCCAAAAUGCUCAGUAGUUUAAUUAUGUAUAUUUAUUGAAGAAGAAAAUAUAAUUUUUUUUCUUAAAUUUAAAGGCUUUAAUUUCAGUAUCCGUUGCGAUAUCAAUAAUGAAUAAA